GCAGGCUUUGCCCCAGGCAUUUAAAUUUGGGGCUUUCACUCCGGCAGCUUUCUGAACCCCUAGCAAUGGCGGCUCCGAUCGAAUCGGUGCAAUGUUUCGGACGCAAGAAGACGGCGGUGGCCGUCACCUACUGCAAACGCGGCAGGGGUUUGAUUAAGAUCAAUGGCUGUCCAAUCGAGCUUGUUGAGCCAGAGAUCUUGCGCUUCAAGGCCUACGAGCCAAUCCUCCUCCUUGGACGUCACCGUUUCUCUGGUGUCGAUAUGCGCAUCAGAGUGAAGGGUGGAGGUCACACCUCGCAGAUCUACGCCAUCCGUCAGAGUAUUGCCAAGGCUCUUGUUGCCUUCUACCAGAAGUACGUGGACGAGCAGAGCAAGAAGGAGAUUAAAGACAUUCUGGUUAGGUAUGAUAGGACUUUGCUUGUCGCUGAUCCUAGGCGCUGUGAGCCCAAGAAAUUUGGUGGUCGUGGUGCUCGUGCUAGGUUCCAGAAAUCAUACCGUUGAUCGAAGAGUACUAGGGAAGCGUCGGGGAGAGGCGUUAGUCGGUAAUGAUAAUUUGUUUUUGUUUCUGAGUUCGCAUUGCUUCGAAGACAUCAAAAUUAUUGUUCAGUCUAUUCUCAAUUAUAAGUUUUUGAAUUUGUAAGACUUGAUUUUCCGUUGUUAUUACGAUAAUUGCAAUCAAAAUGCUUUUUGAAACA